AAACUGAUAAUAAUUCUUGCCCAAAAAGUUAAAAAAAAUAAAAAUUCUCAAGUUUAGGUGAACAUAGAAAAUUUCAAACUACCCCGCAGGAUACUGGGUGUUGGGACUCAAUAGAUUUCAAAACAUUAUCAUCUUACAUGGAAGUCUAAAGCAGGUGAGACAUUGAGUGAGCAAUGGCAUUGGCCAUUAGAUUAACACACCCUCUCAGCAUAUGGACACGCAAAUCCUCUUCUCUGCCUAAGCUGGGCAGAGUUACAAUGCAGCUACCGGUAAAAAUUUGGCCUACGCAAAAAAUUUCAUGUUUUUGCCAUACUGGAACUGCUUUGAAAGCAGAGAGAGAGGAGGCAUUUAAAGGAACAGAUAAGAACGAUGUAAUUGAAAUCAAACGGCUUCUUGAACAGGCAAGAAAGGCUGUAACUACAAGGGAGAUUUUCCAUUCAGACUUUCUAACGCCUCCUGUUGUGGAGGAUGUGGUAUUAGCAUUAAAGAAACUGUCCAUCAUAGAAGUUGUGGUUCAAGGUGGUUAUCCAGAGGCUGAACGUUGUCGCCUUUCAGUUGGGCAUACUGAUUUCAUAUCGUCAGAACCAUGUGCAGUUGCUGCAUUAAGCAUCUCAGGGAACUUUACCUUUGAUCCUGCAUCACAUGGUGAUUUUCUUGGAGCAGUCCUAACAACGGGCAUCAAGAGGGAAAAGGUUGGCGAUAUUCUCUUGCAGGAUAUGAAAGGAGCCCAAGUCAUAGUUGUUCCAGAGCUUGUUGAUUACUUGGUGUCAACAGUCACACAGGUUCGAAAUGUUCCAGUGUCUUGUUUACCUAUACCAUUACUUGCCCUGGAAGUUCAACCCCCAAGGACAAAGGUGCUGAAGUCUGUUGAAGCAUCUCUUAGAGUUGAUGCCAUAGCUAGUGCAGGUUUUCGAAUAUCUCGCAACAAGAUUGCUAGUUUGAUAAGUGGUGGGGAUGUUCGAGUUAACUGGAACGAGAUUAGCAAGAAUGGAACAACACUCAAGACAGGAGACAUAAUUUCAAUCAAAGGAAAAGGAAGGGUAAAGGCAUCAAAUGGAGAUCUCAUCAAGGAAAAUCAAGCCGGAUCAAGGACAGUCUUCGCCGGGACGAUCAAGCCAGGACAGGGGCGACUUCUUUCAAUCCAGCGUUCCAAGGCGAGUUAGGAGAGAUAAAAUCUACAAGGAAAGGCAAGUUUGCAGUAGAGCUUAUUCAAUAUCUAUGAAGCAUCUGAAUGGAACGGUGGAAAAACAUGUCAUAAACAUCUUUGACACUAGAAGAUCUACCUAGUAAAGUGUGGGCAAUAUGUUAAAACCAGCAAGAGACCUUAUUGUAUAUUACAUUGAAAGGCAAAUGGACUGAAAAUGUGGUUAAAGUUGUAAAUUUUGUUAUUGAAAAAUUAGGAUAAAUUUCCUAUUUCGAGGAUGAAACAUGGUGAGUGGUUUUGAAGUUUUACAAUUUUCGUAAGAUUUAUUUUUUAACUAAUGCUUCUCAUAUUAUUUUGG